GCUGACUCGCGAUAAAAAUUUAGAGCAAGUAUUCAAACAAGAAUCUGGUCGAUACAAUCAUGCAAGGCGCGACAACUCUCCUCACUUGCUUUCAUUACGCUCACCAAGGCUACGCUCCGUUCUCGAAUCCGGAAUUAGAGCACAUGCAGCAGUGGACAGAGGAAGAGAAAGCACACGUUCGAGAUGUUCGUCUGAUGGUGCAGCAGAUUAGAGGCUGUGUGCAAGACCCCGCGCAAGAAUUUUUUUGGAUUUCCCAACUUUACAGGCCUGAUUGGAGGCCUGUGGUGUUUUGAUUUUCUAAUGUAAUGCUGCGAGAUACUAUGAUAUGAACAGUAUAGCGCGUAUGGAGUAUGGAGUUGACUUGGGAAGUAUUGUUACUACUAUUACCAAUUUGAAUGCAUUUGCAUUGAAUUUACACCACAAGACCUAAAAUCUUGUGCGACCCCAACGCUUUU